GUUUAUUCUGCAUCAAACCUUGCUUAAACCCUAGCGGCAAAAACCCUCUGGUAGAUAAACCAUCAACAGAGGCGGAGCAGCUGCACUCGUAAAGCUCUUCCUCUCUCACUUGAAUUUCCAAGCUCGCUCCCGGCUACCUCACCUACGGCGACCUUUCGUCCUCUUAGAAGUGGAUUCGAACCACUGACACAAGUUUUUUUUCAGUCCUUUGCUCUAACUAGCUGAACUAUCUGAACCACUUUCCAAAAGUCUGUUUUCUUCAUUGAAUAGCCCCUUACCUUACCACUUGACUAGUGAGGAAAGACAAGUCAAUUUUUGUGUUUGUUGCGUAUUUGUUUAUAUAAUUAGUUGGAAUCAUGGGUAAGAGAGGGAGGAGCCAAAAGGGCAGCAAGAGCUCGAAGAGAAGACCGCGUGAUGAAGAUGUUAAUCCGGAAGACAUGGAUGAUGAAAUUGAUACCUUUCACAAGCAAAGGGAUGUUAUUCCUUUGGAUAUAAAUGGUGAUGUUGGGGAUUCUGAUGGAGAUAAUGAACAUCCGGUCUUUGAUGUUGAGGGUAAUGACGAGGAUGAGGAUGAGGAUGAGGAUGAUGAUGAGGAUGAUGAUGAUGAUGCUCGAGACACUGGAAUGGCUGCUAAAAUUGCAAGGCAACAAAAAUUUUUGCGGGCAAAAUUUGGUGGAGUUGAAGAUGAAAUGCAUGAUGAUGAGGAUGAGGAUAAGGAAGAUAAGAAGACUUUAUGGGGUGGGAUGAAGAGCCAGUAUUAUCAUGGUGACAAUCGUGAUUUUGAGUUGCAAUCAAGCGAUGAUGACUCACCUGCAGAAGAGGAGGCAGAGGUGGUAAGAAUGCUGAAAGAGAGAGCAAAAUCUUUAGAAAUGGAAGAUUUUGGCCUUCAAGAUGCUACUGACAGUGAAGAUGAGAGUGAUAGGGAAUUAACCUUGGAGGAAAUCUCGGUUAAAGGAAAAAGCAAAACAGUCUCUGCAGCAAACAAAGAAGCUGUGGAUGAUGUGGAUACAACUUAUGAGGAGGUCAAGAAAGAUUUGAAUGCUUUGUCGAGGGAGGAGCAAAUGGAUGUAGUAUACAGUUCUGCUCCCGAAUUAGUUGGUUUGCUGUCAGAGUUGAACAAUGCACUUGCACAACUUGAUAAUAAAGUUAAUCCGCUUUUAAGCAAGGUUAAAGAGCAGGAGAUCAAGUUGGAAGGUGGGGUGCAUUAUCUGGAGGUGAAGCAACUUCUUCUACUGGCCUAUUGCCAAGCCAUAACAUUUUAUCUUCUUCUCAAGUCUGAAGGGCAGCCAGUUCGUGAUCAUCCCGUCAUAGCUCGCCUUGUAGAGAUCAAGGGUUUGCUAGAUAAGGUCUUCUGCUCUCCUUAUAUAAUGAAAGAACUUGAUGCAAAUCUUUCAUCUGAAUUUGAUGAGAUUGUGAAGAAAGACCAUACCGGCUCUGAAACAGUGAAAAACUUGGUUAAAGAAAAUGCUGUAAUGACUUCUGAUGCAAAUGAGUUAGAAAAGGAGGAGUCUCUGAGGGAUCAUGAGGAUAAAGGAGGGAAAAGCAAGCGUAAGAAUGAUCAAGUUGGUGUACAGAGCAUGGAAAUGUUAAAAGUAAGGGCUGCCCUAGAGGAAAAAUUGAAGCAGAAGGGAGUCUUUAGAACUAUUGCUCCGAAGCCUGAUAAAGCCAGGAAACAUUCGAAACCAGUGAAUGGACAACUUGAAACAUAUGAUGAUUUUAAUAAUGAUGAUAUGGAUGUUGAUGGACAGAGUAAUGGGCAUGUAAGCUCAUUGCGCCCGAAUAAACAUUCCCAACUUGUUAUUGGUCAACCAAAUAAACCAAAGUGGGUUGUUUCCGGUGAUGAUGAUUUACCUAAGAGAGAUGAUAUUGGAGCAAGGCGGAGAAAACAUGAGCUCAAAGUGUUAUCAGGAGCUGGAAUUAAGUCUGAGGAUGAUGGUGGGGAUGAACUUGGCACAAUUGGGGCUGAGGAAGAUGGUGGCAACUCAAAGGAUGAUGAGGGUGACUCAGAGGAUCAAGAUACAAAACACUCGGAAGAUGAAUUCUACCAACAAGUGAAACAACAACGAGCUCAAAAACUUGCUGCUAAAGUUGAGAUUCAUACAAGGACUCAAGUGACCCCAUCUUUGCCUGAAACUGUGGACGGAAAACGGCAAAUCACAUAUCAUGUGAGGACACAGUCAUUUUAUCUGCAUACUAAGCAUAAGAAGGCAGUAAUGCGUCGUAGAGGGCAAGUUUAG